AUGUUGUUCUGGUUGCUGUUCGUACUGACGAAGGUGGAGCGAGGAUCCAGUCACCCUCCAUGCGAAAAAUCCUACCAGGCCCAAUGGCCUAGCAAUGGACUCUGCUACACGGAAUUCACGCAAGGACCUUGCCCCCCGGGGCGAGAAAUCUCCUACAACGUCUUCAUCGGAAGUGGGGAAUGCACUUGCGUCAGAGGGUUCCUGGAAUACCCCCAAAACGGCCAGUGUUACGAAGAAUUCGGACAGGGCCCAUGCGAACCCGGUCUGAUAUUCGUGACCGACCCCCAAGGCAAUGGAACGUGCGACUGCAGACCCAGUCUCAAGUUCUACUACCAUCGGGACACUCGGAAAUGCUUUCCUCUGUAUUCUCGGGGCCCCUGUGAACUGGGUCAGCAUCUGGUUUUUGACUACGCUCGUGGUGAGCCGAGCUGUCGAUGCAAGGAUAACCAUAUUCCCUGGUCAGAUGGAAAUUGUUACGAGUUGAACACCCGAGGACCAUGUCGAGAACAAUGCGAAAGUGGUGUGGAAUGCUUGCUGAGAGAUUUGGACACGAGGACGACGGAUUGUCAAUGCGUGUCCCAGUACGAAUCCGACGGACGAUGUUUCCAAGCCUUCAGUCAAGGUUAUUGCCCCCUCGGACAGUGGCUUGUACCGAGUCAAAAUCAUUCCACGUCGAGCCUUCAAUGCCAAGUGAAACGAGAGUGCAAGAAGUUCGACAAUUGGUUCCACGAUCCUCAGACCAAGACCUGUUACCGCCAGUAUUCCCAGGGCCCUUGUCCCAAAGGAAAACUGUUUUAUCUUGAUCGAGUCAGUGGGGAGAUUAAGUGCGGGUGCGAAUCCACGUGGAAGCCGUAUUACUGGCCGGGGGACGGGGGUUGUUACGAGCCGAAAUCCGAAGGUCCAUGUCCUCGGGGCAAGUACUUCCAUUACGACGUCGGUAACGGGAGGACGGAGUGCCGAUGCUUCCACAAUCACGUCCCCGAUCGCAAAUUCCCUGUCUGCCACGAGGAGUUCACCAGGGCGGAUUGCCCGUUGGGAUUGCUGGUCCGGGCUCAUCCGAGGACGGGAGAAGCCGUCUGUGAUUGCUCCAAAGAUAUGAUCGGGCAUUUUUGGGCCGCUGAUGGCCGAUGUUACGAACAUUUCACGAGGGGUCCUUGCGAGAAAGGGCAGAUGUUCAGGCUCGGCUGGGGUCUCGAUAGUCCCAUCUGCAUGUUUUGGCCUCCCUCUUUCACUUGA